AUGGCCCCAGAGAUACCGAAGUCUGAUGAUGAGGCGUACACCACGCGGAAACUGGCCCUACUCCCAGCACUUAUCAACAUGAAGGGCUUCUUGAAUCAUCACAUAGCGUCCUUUGACCACUUGAUCAACGUGGAGUUGAAGCGAAUCCUGCUGAAUGAGUCUAAUAGGGAUAUUAAAAGCAGCAUCGACCCGGAUUUUUCCAUUCGGUACACAAACAUUCGUGUGUGUCGUCCGCGGGAGAUCGUAGGCAAAGGGCAGUUGCCAAAGGCCGUUUCUCCACACGAAUGUCGGACACGCGAUCUCACGUAUCGUGGCGACAUGAUUGUUGACGUUGAGUACACCGGCCGGGAUCGCACAAAACGCCCUUGCACUGAGACGGAUAUCAAGAUUGGUACAAUUCCAAUUAUGCUCAAGUCAAGCUCAUGCAAUUUGUACGGUAAGAGUCGAGAGGAGCUGAUCACAAUGCGAGAGUGUCCUCUCGACCCUGGGGGAUAUUUUGUUAUAAAGGGUGUGGAGAAGGUGUGCUUGGUGCAGGAACAGCAGAGCAAGAACCGUGUUAUUAUUGAGGCCGACGACAGCGGUAACAUUGUGGCGCAUGUACAGAGCAAAACACAUUAUUCUAUUUCAAAGUGCUCUGUUAUGUUUAAGAAGGGACGAAUUGUCAUGGUUCAUCGUUCAUUCAAAGAGGAUAUCCCUAUUGUGGUGAUGCUGAAGGCGCUUGGAAUGGAGGGUGAUCAGCAAAUUGCUCAGCAUAUUGGCACCUCGCCGGCAUUUCAAAGCGUGUUGUUUGCCUGUUUUGAGCAGGCGGCAUCCCUUGGCGUCAAGUCACAAGACGAUGCUCUGCAUUUUAUUGGUGAAAGACGUAAGGAGACCACAUGGGAAGUUGAUGACGCUCAGCAGAGGCAUAUCCAGAAGUCAAAGGCAGACAAUGCAGCUGAAUUCCUUGGGAAUGUGCUACUCUGCCACAUCAGAGAGGGCGAGGUGCAACGUGAUUGGAACUUUCGUCACAAGGCACUCUACGUCUGCUUCAUGGUGAGGCGUAUGAUUGAAGCCAGCGUGGACUCGUCUUUACUGGAUGAGCGGGACUUUUACGGCAAUAAGCGUUUUGAGACAACGGGUACCCUCAUGGGUCUUUUGUUUGAGGAUCUUUUAAAGCAGUUCAAUCGUGUGGUGAAAACAGCGAUGGAUCAGCAGCUUUCUAAAAAGGAUACGACGAAGCCGUUUAACGUUAAGCAACUCAUGGAAAGUAAGAUGGAAGUGAUCCAGAACGGGAUGCGUGUCGCAUUGAGUAGUGGCCGCUGGGAGCUGAAACGCUUCAAUAUGAGUCGUCAAGGCAUCACCCAGGUUCUCUCUCGCCUCUCAUACAUUUCGUGCAUUGGUAUGAUGACUCGUCUUGCUUCAUCAUUUGAAAAGAGCCGAAAAAUAAGUGGACCACGUUCACUGCAGCCAAGUCAAUGGGGAAUGGUGUGCCCGUGUGACACACCGGAGGGGGAGAGUUGCGGCCUUGUCAAGAACUUUGCCACCCUCAGUCAGGUGACCUUGGAUAUGGAUGACUCAUUUGUUAGGGCAGCGGCACACAAUCUCGGUGUGGAGGAGGCGGAUUGUAUUGGCCCAAGGGAGUUUUUGUGCUACUACACUGUUUUUUUAAACGGAACGUUAAUUGGCAUUCAUCGUUAUCCAAAUCGCCUGUGUCGUGGCAUGCGAGCGCUGCGACGAUCUGGCCGAUUGCAUCCUCACGUCUCCAUCGCAACAAACGAUCGUCAGAAGAGUGUGCAGAUUGGGUGCGAUGGUGGACGAAUUGUUCGUCUUUACAUUGUUGUUAAUAAUGCAAGACCUGCGGUUACUUCGGCCCAUCUUGAUGAUCUGCGUGCUGGAAAGUGUUCAAUUAACGAUUUUUUGGCAGAAGGAUUGGUGGAGUUUAUUGACGUCAAUGAGGCGAAUGAUUGUCUUAUUGCGGUGUACCUUAAAGACAUUGAGGAGUAUACAACGCAUUUAGAAAUUGAGCCUUUGUCUCUUUUGGGGGUUGUUGCGGGCAUUAUUCCAUAUCCGCAUCAUAAUCAAUCUGCACGAAACACAUUUCAAUCAGCUAUGGGCAAGCAGGCCUUGGGGACUAUAGCAUACAAUCAGUAUAUUCGAACUGACACGGUUCUUAUGCUGGGUGCCUACCCACAGCGCCCACUUUGUCGAACAAAGGCAAUGGACCUUACGCACUAUGAGAAACUUGGAGCUGGCAUUAAUGCCAUGGUGUGCGUCAUGAGCUACAGUGGAUACGAUAUUGAAGACGCACAGGUGUACAAUAGAUGUGCGCUUGACCGUGGCUACGGACGUUGCGUUGUUCUCCGAAAACAUGAGGUUGAUAUGGAAAGACUGGCGAAUGGGGAAUAUGACGUUAUUCUUCCUCCAGACUCCAAUUUUGGUAAGUGUAAGGCGCUCAACAGUGAUGGUAUUGCUAGUAAAGGUGCCAUAGUUCGUCAAUUUGACAUUCUUGUCAACAAAUACACACCAGUUGCAUCAUCUGAACCAAGACCAAAUCCACUUGUCUACAAGUACCCCCAACCUGCUGUUGUAGACCAUGUGGUGAUUUCACCUCCAGGAGAUUCCGAGCGGUCAAUGGACGUUGAACAAAAAAUUAAAGUCAUUACGCGAGAGGUUCGCAUUCCAGAGCCCGGUGAUAAAUUCUCUUCGCGCCAUGGGCAGAAGGGUGUUGUGGGCCUUAUCACUGAUGGUGUCAAUAUGCCUUUCAACGAAAAAGGUAUCAGCCCAGAUAUGAUUAUGAAUCCUCACGGGUUUCCAAGUCGAAUGACAGUCGGUAAACUGCUCGAGCUCGUUAGUUCGAAAGUAAGUGCUGUAACGGGAAGGUUUGGUGAUGGCACAGCCUUUGGUGGUGACAAGGCGGAGGAUUUGGGUGAAGCGCUUCUUCGGCAUGGCUUUAAUUAUCAUGGAAAGGACGCGUUUUAUUCUGGUAUUACGGGCGAAAUGAUGCAGGCGUACGUGUUUUUUGGACCCAUCUACUAUCAACGCCUUAAGCAUAUGGUCACCGAUAAGAUGCACGCUCGUGCUACUGGACCCCGGUCGUUAUUAACCAGGCAGCCAACUGAAGGUCGGGCCCGAAGCGGUGGUCUUCGUGUUGGAGAAAUGGAGCGGGACUGUAUGGUUGGUUAUGGUGCCUCAAACCUCUUGAAUGAGCGACUUCUUCUCAGUUCUGAUUUGUUCACUGUUGACACAUGCCGCUCGUGUGGAUUUUUGGGAUACAGUGGGUACUGUCCCUUCUGCAACACUAGGAACACUGUGUCACAUGUCAACGUCCCAUACGCGUUCAAGCUACUACUGCAAGAGCUCCAAGGUAUGGGAAUAAGCACGCGGCUCUCAUUAGACUUUGUUGGACGACAUUAA